AUGCCAAAAACAAAAAGAUCCCAUCAAUUGCAACAAAUGCUUCAAUCACUCGACAAUGAUAGUGAAGUGUUGGAAGAGGGAACAAUGAUAAAUGAAAAAGAAGCAGAUGUUAUUAUGAGUAAUUCUAAAAGAACUCAUCGACGAAAAAAGGCUAAGAACAAAGAGGCUGCUAUAGGAACAGUUUCUAUUACAAGCUUUUUUUUAAAAGUUAAGAAAAAUAAUUUAGUGAGUAAUGAGGAAGAUAACCAAAACCAAGACAAUCAAAAUAUGGAUGAUAAUAAUACUGAAACCUACCAACAAAGUUUUGAGGAUAUAAUCGAAAAUGUAGAUUAUAAUGAUGGUGAAAAUCAAAAACAAA